GGAACUGGCCAGACACGAACAUGGAUGUCCGUAAAACGCUCGUGUCGGUGAUUUGGAUAUUACUGCUCAACAUUGAGGGAGACUGUCACGCCGAAGAAGUGGUGCUGCUGAAUUCUAAAGAGACUCAAGCCGAGCUGGGCUGGACGUCCUACCCCCCCAACGGGUGGGAGGAGAUCAGCGGCGUGGACGAGAAGUACAAGCCCAUCCGCACGUACCAGGUGUGCAACGUGAUGGAGCCCACGCAGCAGAACAACUGGCUGCAGACGGGCUGGGUGGCGCGGCGCGGCGGCCAGCGCAUCUUCGUGGAGCUGCAGUUCACGCUGCGCGACUGCAACAGCAUCCCCGGCGUGGCGGGCACGUGCAAGGAGACCUUCAACCUCCUCUACGUGGAGACGGACCGCGACCUGGGCGGCGUGACCCGCGAGGACCGCUACACCAAGAUCGACACCAUCGCGGCGGACGAGAGCUUCACGCAGGGCGACCUGGGCGAGCGGAAGAUGAAGCUGAACACGGAGGUGCGCGAGAUCGGCCACCUCAACCGCAAGGGCUUCCACCUGACCUUCCAGGACGUGGGCGCCUGCGUGGCCCUGGUGGCCGUGCGGGUGUACUACAAGCGCUGCCUGGCCACCGUCCAGAACCUGGCGGUGUUCCCCGACACGGUGGCCGAGGCGGCCUUCGCCACGCUGGUGGAGGUGCGCGGCGCCUGCGUCAACAGCUCGGAGGUGGACGCCGACAGCCCUCCCAGGAUGCACUGCAGCGCCGAGGGGGAGUGGCUGGUGCCCAUCGGGAAGUGCAGCUGCAGCGCCGGCUACGAGGAGGGGCACAGCAGCUGUGAAGCGUGUCCCCGCGGCGCCUACAAGAUGUCCUCCAGGCAGCAGGAGUGCUUCCCCUGCCCGGCCAACAGCGUCUCCGAGGAGGAGGGAUCGGUGGUGUGUGUGUGUGAGGAGGACCACUUCAGGACCCCCCUGGACACACCUUCGGCCCCAUGCACAAGGCCCCCCUCGCCGCCCAGGGACCUGGUCUACACCCUGAAGCAGUCCACGCUGAUCCUGGACUGGGCCGCGCCGUCCGACGCCGGAGGCCGGGCGGACCUGACCUACAGCGUGGGCUGCCGGCGCUGCGUGGGCCGGCGCUGCGAGGCGUGCGGGCCGAGCGUCGGCUUCGUGCCGCAGCAGGCGGGCCUGGCGGAGAGGACGGUGACCGUGGUCAACCUGCUCGCCAACGCCAACUACAGCUUCACCGUCGAGGCCCUGAACGGCGUCUCGGAGCUGCUGCCCGGAAAGAAGUUCUACAGCCAGGUCAACGUGUCCACCAGCCUGCCAGCCCGAUCUCUGAUCAGCGCGCUGCGAGCGGAGAAGAUCGAGCAGAAGGGCAUAACGUUGGUGUGGAGGGAGCCUUCGUACCCCAACAGCAGCCGCGCUGAGUACGAGGUCAAGUACUACGAGAAGGAACAAAAGGAUCAGAGUUAUUCCACCGUGAAGACGGCCGCCACGCGGAUCAGCGUCAACAACCUCAAACCGGGCACCACAUACGUCUUCCUCAUCCGCCCUUUCUCCACGCCGACCCCCUCCCCUCUAUCCUCCUCCUCUGCGUCCUCCUCGGCCACUUCGUCGGCGUCCUCCUCUUCGUCGUCGUCCUCCUCUCCGCUACCCAUCGACUACGGAGCGUACAGCGCUCCCCUGGAGCUGCAGACUCUCGCCGAGUUGGCGCUGGCAUCCAGCGAACAGAACCCGGUGGUGAUCAUCAUUGUCGUGUCCGUGGCCGCCCUGAUCAUGCUGCUCUCCAUGGGAGUCGGCCUGGUCAUCUGGAGGAGAUUCCCCUCUUCAGCCGGUGCAUCCGAGCCACGACAGUGCGGCUACAGCAAAGCCUCUCAGGAGGGAGACGAGGAACUCUACUUCCAGUUUAAGAUCCCGACGCGGAGGACCUACAUCGACCCGGAGACCUGCGAGGACCUGCUGCAGGCCGUGCACGCCUUCGCCAAGGAGCUGGACAACUCCAGCAUCAAGAUCGAGAGAAUCGUGCACACAGGCGACUUUGGGGAGGUGUGUCGCGGCUGCCUGAAGCUCCCCAGUAAGAGGGAGCUGCCGGUGGCCAUCAAGACGUUACGGGCCGGCUGCUCCGACAAACAGCGGCGCUCGUUUCUCAGCGAGGCCGGCAUCCUGGGGCAGUUCGACCACGCCAACAUCAUCCGGCUGGAGGGCGUCAUCACCACCGGUAACACCAUGAUGAUCAUCGUGGAGAGCAUGACCAACGGGGCGCUGGACUCCUUCCUCCGGAAACACGAAGGCCAGUUGAGUGUCAUGCAGCUGAUGGAUAUGCUGGGCGGCGUGGCGUCGGGGAUGAAGUACCUCACCGAAAUGGGCUUCAUCCACAAGCGGCUGGCCGCGCACAAGGUGCUGGUGAACUCCAACCUGGGCUGCAAGGUGUCCGGCUUCAGACCGCUUCAGGAGGACAAGAUAGAGGCCAUCUACACCUCCCUGCACGGAGGGAAGAGCGUGGUGCUGUGGACCGCUCCCGAGGCCAUCCAGUACCGUCGCUUCUCCUCGGCCUCAGAUGUCUGGAGCUUCGGCAUUGUCAUGUGGGAGGUCAUGUCCUAUGGAGAGAGACCCUACUGGGAUAUGGGCAACCAGGAUGUGAUCAAAGCCAUCGAGGACGGCUUCAGGCUGCCGGCUCCGGUGAGCUGCCCCCCCCACCUCCAUCAGCUGAUGCUGGACUGUUGGCAGAAGGAGAGGACGGAGAGGCCCAGCUUCAGCCAGAUCCACUCGGCCCUCAGCAAGAACGUCCGCUCCCCCGACGGCAUCGGCUCCUCCACGCUGGCGCGCCGAACGCUGAGUCCCUCCAUCACGCUAGCGGAGAGGCCGCUGCCCUCCUUCCCCUCCUUUAACUCGGUGGGCGAGUGGCUGGAGGCGGUGGACAUGGGCCGCUACAAGGACAACUUCACCGCCGCGGGCUACUGCUACCUGGAGUCCGUGGCCCGGAUGACGGUGCAAGAUGUGCUGAGCCUCGGCGUCACGUCCCUCGAGCACCAGAAGCUGAUCCUGACGGCCAUCCAGACCCUCAGAGCCCAGGUCAUCCAGAUGCACGGCCGCGGGGUGCAGGUCUGACGGGCCGCUGGACUCUCACGCCGCUGGCCGCCGCACGCCCGACGACGGGGGUGGAGAAGAGGAGCGAGAGAGAGAGAGAGAGAGAGAGAGAGAGACACACGAUCCAAACUGAAGGAAAGAUGAGCAGAUCUCCCGGCUCAACUGCACUCUGUCGACUCCUCCUUCCCACGCUUCCUCAUGCCUUCCUUGAUUCCCUACUUCCUUUUUCUUCUUCUUCUACUUCUUCUUCUUCUUCAUCUAUGAAUCCCCUCAGAGACACAUUUGAGGGACAGAGCAGAGGGGUGAUGUCACCCGACUUUUCUUCCUUUUUUUUUUUUCGGGUGGGGGUUGUGUGCUGACCUCUGAACAGGAAGCUGACCUCUGAACAGGAAGCUGACCUCUGAACAGGAAGCUGACCUCUGAGCAGGAAGCUCACCUCUGAGCAGGAAGCUGACCUCUGAACAGGAAGCUGACCUCUGAGCAGGAAGCUCACCUCUGAACAGGAAGCUGACCUCUGAACAGGAAGCUGGCCUCUGAACAGGAAGCUGACCUCUGAGCAGGAAGCUCACCUCUGAACAGGAAGCUGACCUCUGAACAGGAAGCUGGCCUCUGAACAGGAAGCUGACCUCUGAGCAGGAAGCGGGGCACCGAGGUUGUGGACUCGUGCUCAAAGGAAGCGUUGACAUUUCGGGUUGGAAUUUCCCUUUACCGCAGCAUCGAUUGACUAAAAACGAUGAAGUCGCCAAAGCCCGAAGUGGUUGUGCCGGUCCCGGGUCAGAUGACCCGCCCCCCACACACCCCCACCCCCUCAGAACCGACGCAGCCGAUCCAAGCAGGAAGUGAUUAAUGGAAUCGUAGCAUUGUAGGCCAGAACUGUAAAGAGACAUGUUUGAAACCCGAACGCAGUCCGCCUGAGGAGCCGCGUCGGGGGGGGGGGGGGGGGGACACCCUCAAAAGAGGCUCAGAGGCCGAUGUGAUGACCCCCGUGGGGGUCAUGGGGGCUUUACUUUUCAGGAAUGUCAAACCUGUGGUUUUAAUUUAAUUAAUUUAAGAAAUGUUCUCCACCGAUGAAGCUGCAGGACGCUCUGGAGACGGCUGAGCGCGUGCGACUGAGUAUUAAUUUGUGUUGUGUUGUCCGUCUCGUCAUCGUGUCUCUGACUCUGUAGCUCCUUUUUUUUCCCAGUUUAUUUCAGCUUUUUAAAGAAACACCGCGGGAGACAGGCCCGCUUCAAAUAUGUAUUCACCAGGUCCGGAGGGUUUAUUUAACGUAUCGUGUUUGGAAGAAGGGAAAAGGGGUUCAAGCGAAGGAGUCGCGUCCUCUCGUUUUGGUUCCCUGCGACCCGAGUUUGUCUCUCAGCCAAUGAGGUGUCUGUAAACAGGAAGUGAGACGAACACGGGGGGGUUUCUACUGUCGGCACACAGUAUCUGUGUAUCCAUGAGCACUGGAGUUGGUACAGUUACCUGUAGGUACAUUAUCAUUGGAUUAGCGGUAUGCAUGGUGGUGUGUGUGUGUGUGUGUGUGUGUGUGUGUGUGUUGCAGUAAGGACACAGUAUUAAAGAAUGUCUAAUGGCUUUUCUCUUUCUUUUCUUCUUUGUAUUCUCACGUUUAGUUUGAUGUCGCUGUGUGAAUAUCUUGCUCUGGUUGCACCUUCCAGAUAACUCCUCUCCUCCUCACAUCCUCUCCGUACAGUGACCCCUCCUCCACCCCCCCUCCCUUUUUCUGACCAAUUCUGUACUAAAGAAGGAGCUUUAUCGGGGUAUUAUUUGAUUAUCAUACAUUUUCACAAUUUUUGACUGGAAUAUUGUUACUGGUUUAUAUUUGGUGCACAAUAAUAAAAAAAUGUUGUGUGUUUGUUUUUCCUGUACAUCCCCCGCUGUAACCGUUUUGUCAAAUAAGUAAACUCAUAUGUUUUUAUAGAUGUCGUCACACACGUGAACAUCUGAAGACACGCACUGAUGGUCCCUUUGAGACACACACACACAUCACAGACACACACACACACACACACACCACAUACUGGACCUCGUCACCACGGUGAAUGAAACUUCUCCAUCUCCCUCUCUGUUACUGUGACCAUUAUGAUAUAUGUUUAAUACUGUAAAUAUGUAUUUGAAAAUGCUAAAUCUAUUUUUAUAAUUUGUUUGAAGAACAAUGUGUUGAAUAUAAUAUAUGCUCACUGUGUAAGGGUUUUAUUUGUUUGAAUUUAGGGCCAUAGCCGAGAAACUCUGGUGUUUGGAAUAUAAAAGUCACAAAAAAAUCUUCUUUUUGUUAGUUUUUUGAUGAUUUGUACCUGUUAAAAGAAAAUAUGAUGGCUGUUGCAAUAUUGAAACGUGUUAUUAAAAAAUCUCCAAUACAC